UUCCAGUACUGUAGAAUCCCGAGGAAAAUUAACUUUAAGUGUUACAACGCUAACCAGUCUCCCUUCCUACAUCAUUCAAACUUUGGCUCCUAAACACACAAGUUCAAUCAGCGAACAGACCUUGCCCAAUGACAGGCUAUCAGGAUAAAUCAUCCAGCAAAGUCAAAGUCCACUUGGCUAGCAUCACACAACACGUUAUUGUCAAAAAGAUUUUCUCCACCAUCUGUUACUCAGUUUCACUAGUUUACUUCAAACGGUCAAACAGGCAGAAAGGACUGUAAACAACUAAAACAGAGGUGACAGACAGAAGACCUCAACCACAGAACAUUAUGGAAACAACAGCCUCCCUGUUCAAGUCAGUGUCUCGGCGAGUAUGGUCGCCCCCUCAGCGUCCAUUCAGAGUGUGUUCCUGGAACAGAGAGGUCAAAAAAGGAGUCACUGCUGGAAUUCUAGAGGAGCUCAAAGAGAAGGCAGCCCAGGCUCUCUUGAUAUCUACUGUGCUGACUUUGGUGUGUGAAGAGGAUGGGACAGAGGUUGACUCAGAAGAGUUCCUCUUAGCCCUGCCAGACAACACCGUUUUCAUGGCCUUGACACCUGGAGAGAUCUGGAAACCUCACCCUUUACGUCAAAGGGCUGGAAACAAACCAGGUGAUAGUAAACCAAGGACAGGAAAAGACAUUGCUCAGAUCACCUUUGAUCUUUACCGUACGCACCCUAAAGACGUAUUCGGCUCACUAAAUGUGAAAGCCACAUUCAAAGGGCUCUACUCUGUCAGUGCAGAUUUUCAAUGCAUGGGGCCAAAGAAAGUUCUGAGGGAGGCCCUCAGAGUCAUGUCCACUCUCCUCCAAGCUGCUGGACACUUACUGAUCUCAUCUGCUGCUGUGAUUCGCCGUAUCAUCCAAGGGGCAGAUCUUCUUCAAGCCCAGCAUGACAAAUCUAUCGAGUAUUGGGAAUAACCGGAGAAAUGUAUAAUGGACUUGAAUCUGAGAUCAAGAAUGUAACUGAGGGAUGUUUUUUCUAAAAUGUUUCCUAGAUAGGUUUAUAUGAUAACACUAAGGUUCAUUUUAACAUUAAAGCAUUAGGUAUAAUGAAUGAACAACAAUUUGACAACAUUUAUUAAUCUAGGUAAAUGUUAAUUUAUACGCCACACUUCAAAUGUUUGGGUUCAUUGUAAUGUAUUCCUCUGAUGGUAAGCUGAAUUUUUAGCAGCCAUGACUCCGGUCUCCAACAUGACAUCUCAGAAAUCAUUCUAAUAUGCUGAUUUGGUGCUCAAGAAAUAUUUCUUAUAAUGAU